AGUGAGGAAGAUGGAAUUGCCGCCAUGGAAGGAGAAUGCUGAGCUCGAGGAUAAACUCGCGCCUCUGCUGUCAAUGCCAUCGUCGAUUUGGAUUUCUCGUGAUUCUUCCUUGAUUCCAUUCUUACUCUCUCUCGGUAUCACCAGCAAAACGAGCAUGUAUUAGAUCUGCGUUUCGGUAUUGUUCGCAUCUCUGCCUUUAGGCUAGUUAUCUCUUUGAAUCGAUAAGUGUGUUUCUUUCGAGGCAGAGGGGAGUUUUGUGGAAGUUUGAGUCGUUGUUGAGGAUCAGCUGUUCAAAUACUGGAAUGUUUUCUAGCAGUUCCAUCGAAUUCCUUAUCAAGUGAUUCUGGUGAUUUGAUGAUCGGUUAGAUGUGGAAUGUGUUUGCGUAAAUGGAAAAAUCGAAACUGAGUUCUAAGAAGUUAGUGAGAUUUUGGUGUUGGAUUGAAGUGAUAAAAGAUCAAGAAACUGUAUUAAGCCGAGGUUUUGGAAUAAUGGCGGUACCAGAAAGUGAAGAGGUUGGUUAUAAGCGCAUUGGAUUCUCAGUUAGUGAUUAUGAUGCAAAUCUUCCAAUCAAGAAAAGGAGAUUUCCGGUAGUGCAGAUCUCUCCAUCUCCAUCUCCAUCUCCAUCUGAAGGUAUAUCUUCAUUCCAUCCAGAUGGAAAUUUAUUGAAGAUUGAGCGCCCAUUUCCACCUAAAAAGGUAUCUUCAUUUAAUCCCGAUGAAAAUUCGUUAGAGGUCGAACAGUCGAGUCUACCUGUGACAAUAGUUUCAAGGUCUAGUGCAGACACAUGUUAUGGGUUGUCAAACAGGAACCAGGACUGUGUUUCUAAUGAGAAUAAACGAAAAUCUGAUACUCAGUCAUGCUAUGUGGAUAUAGUCCAGAACGAUAUUGGGAUGCCAGGAGUCGAGUUUCCGGGACCCGGUUUGGGGGGACAUGCUGUUGAAUAUGAAGAUAAGUCCUUGGUAACUGAAAAACACUCUGUUCAUCAAUCACCAGAGAUCUACGGUGGGUUGAAGUUACCAUCAACUGGUGUCGACUUGGAUCCUCUUGGUAGUAACAAAAGAGGAAGAAAUUGAUGUAAAAAUGCCUGAAGAAAAGUGCAGCUCUUCAAUUUGUCAAGUUGAAGGAGGAGCUCUAUCAGAGAAAUUGGUUUCUUACAAGAGUGACCUGAAUAAGCAGAAUUCUUUGGUGCCUGUUUUGCUGGACUUGUCUUUAAACAAGCAAGGAAGUAGCUCCCAUUGUGUCAAAGGUAACGUGGGGUCUGAUUGUGAUGAUUCUCUUUUGCAAUCAAGCAGGGAAAAAUGGGAUCUAAAUACCUCAAUGGAUUCAUAGGCCCUUUUAGAUUGGGAACAUAAAGGCAACUCUAUUAAAGCAUUCAUGCCAUCAAAAGAGCAUCUUCCUUCAAGUCUCAAUUCAUCUUCUCCAAAGCCUACACUUGAAGAAGAUCCUUAUGUUUCUUAAUAUGAAUCAGAUGGUAACUGGAAUAUUGCCGCAAGGUUGAAGACAACGAUGAUGAUAAUAACAUAGAAGAAGACUAUGAAGACGGGAGGUUUGGGAAUCGAUGCGAAAUGAGCCAUUGGAUCAUGCUGAUUGUGAUGAUAAGAAGAUCAAUUCUGCUGGAUUGCCUGAUCAUGAAUGUUUCAAAUUAGGUCCUCUGGAACAGGAAACGAAACCCGAAAAUCUGGACUUUAAGAGUGAAGACGAUGUUCAUACUACAACUAAAAGUACAUCUUGUGAGCAAGAACAUGAAGAUCUUUGUGUGAAAGAACCACAAGCCGUAGAGAAUACUAUUGGUGGGGAUGUAAACAGGCCUACGAAGGCUGCAGGAAGAAGCCAAUUAUCUCAAUAUGUUAAUAAGGACAAGUUGGAGGGCCACGACACCGCAGACGAAAUCGUUGAUGGGAUCGAGGAACUGAUUCCGAAAUUUUCUCAGGGUGAGAUGGAGAAAACCAUUGCUAUAGAGGUAGAGCAGAAUAGGGAUCUAACUUUGCCUACCAAUAUGUUGGACAAUCGAUCUGGGGAAUGGGAUUUUGGUCCCAACUUUUCUCCUGAAACAUACAGUGACCAGCACAGAUAGAUUACCAUGUUCCUGAUCUUGAUCACGACCGAUAUAAAAUUAUUCCUGAUGGUCGAUUUGUCGGUUUUGUCGGUGCUGACCGUCCCAGUAGGCCAUUGCUGGACGAUGAGGGACCUUUUUUUUUCCAUGGACCCUCAAGGAAGAGGUCACCUGGAAGAACUCAUGGACCAUGGUGGCAAAAUGGUUAGUUAACAGAAUGCCUAGAGAUUAUAGUCUUAGUUGAUGCAUGGAUGAAGUUGGUUCUUUUGAUCAACAUGUAGAAAAGUUCACUAGGAACUUUGCUGAUGACACAGGGGGUCCGAUAUAUCCACGACCUCGUCCUGCAUACGAGUUAGACACACCUUUGUUCCGGGAAAGAAGGAACUUCUCAUUCCAAAGAAUUGAUUCUAAGUCUCUAGUAAGAUCCUGAUCUCGCUCUCCAAGCCAAUGUCUCUUUGAAAGAUCUGAUAGGUUUUAUGGACGUCCCGACAUGACACGUCGAAGAUCUCCAAAUUAUAGGACAGACAGGACGAGAUCGCCCGAUCAACAUCCUAUACGUGCGCAUAUGACAGGCCAAAGACAAGGAUUCUGUUUCCUUUCACCAUCUGAUGAUUUGAGGGAUGUUGGUCCUACACCCAACCAUGGCCAUAUGAGAUUUAUCAUUCCUAAUAGGAAUCAAACUGAAAGAUUACCUCUUAGAAACAGAAGUUAUGAUGCUAUAGAUUAUCAAGGAUAGAGAGCAAUGAACUUUUUGAUGAUCCCGACGCUCGGGUCAACUGAGUGAGUAUGGUGGUGGCAAACCCGAUGACAAAAAAAGAAGAUUUACUGAGAGGCAUGAACCUCUUCAUUCUUUGAAGCAUCCAUUUGAUGGUCGGACACACAAUUUAGUUUGGUGUAUAAACAAACCAUAAACUUAGUAAUUUCGUGUCUAAUUAGUUCGUGAAUUUUU